AUGAGGGACGGGUUGCUAGUGUGGCGGCACAUCCCGGGUCUCCACAAGUCCGUGGGACAACGAGCAGGAACUGGAGUAGAGGUGGAGAAGGAAGGGGAUGAAAGAGUUUUUCUUGUGGUUACGGCUUCCUCUAAGAACAUGAAGGCCUCUUUGGCUCCCGGGCGGGGGAGUUUUGCCUCCCUUGUCGUGGGAGAAAGGCGAAAGGUCGGGACCGAGGAGGGCCGAAGCGGCCCUGGCAGCGACGACGAGGACACCGCCCUUGGAGAUGACGUCAAGGUAUGGCCGUCCACGGCGCAGUUCCUGAAGCACCCCCUGGCGCUAUUUGCCCUGGUGCCGAAGGAUGCCACCCUCUUCGCCGCGGCCGCCGCAGCGGGUGCGGCUGCUAAGACGUUGACAGCGCCCCUCGACCGCAUCAAGCUCCUCAUGCAGGUGCGCUGGUGUCACUUUCUUCAAGCUUGUCUGUUAACUGUCCGUGUGCCCUCCUGGUGAUUCCGGAGGGUUUAGUUUUGAAACUUGAGAGUGACACCUUUUUCCUCUCGGAGGAAGUGAGAUUUUAGAUGAGUCUUGCCCAUCUGAACAGAAGGACGACCUCUCGUGACUUGUUUUCGUUCCCAUCGUGCAGACUCACAGCGCGCGGACCGUGGGUGAGAGUGCGGGCAGAGGAAUUGGUUUCUUUGAGGUACCCAUCUCCGGCAGUCAGUUGUCUUGUAUUUGCAUUUUUUUUUGGGUGAUUAUUCUUCUAGGAGUCGUAUGAAUAUCUUCUUAUUGGACAUCACUUCAAGAAAUGAAGUUUUUGGUAUGUGUUCGAUGGCAUUUGCUAGUUCUCAUUGGUAACCUCAUAGAUGGCAUGCUCAAUGCAAUGAACGUGCACGGGUUAUUUUCAUAUUUGCUAUCAGUGAUUGUUUUUUCCUGAGGAAUUACGUCGUAAUAUAUCUAGUGGUUGAGGACUUCGAUGGCAUAAUUUUAAGACGUGCGGAAAUUUGGUCUUUUAAUGGGAACGCGAUCAGAAAUCAGUUUACUCCGGAUGAAAGUUGCUUAUCCGUAUUUCUUUCCAAGUCAUAAAUUCUGAGCGUGUACCGGAUGCUACGAAGUAGACCUCUGCUUGAAUGUAACACCUUGGAAGUAUUCAUUCCGAAAAUGUUUUUUUAUUUAUGUCUGAGGUCAUAUGUUGUUCACCCCAGGCUCUAUCUUUGAUCGGAAAGGAGGAAGGUGUCAAGGGCUACUGGAAAGGCAAUCUUCCACAGGUAACUUAUUACAAUACACACAUUCUUGGUUGUAAUUGAAGCGGAUGCAAUUGCACAAGAGUCCUCAUAUUUUUCUCGUGACUGUGAGAAUGUCUUUCAGGUAAUCCGAAUAAUUCCAUACAGUGCGGUGCAGCUAUUUUCUUAUGAAGUCUACAAGGUACUCACAUGAUACAUGUAGACUUUCUGAGCAACAGCAUGACUCCAGCAUGUUUGUUUCUUUUGAAUGUAAAGGAAUCCACACUAACUUACGCUUCAUCCUAUUGCUGGCUUAUUUGGUCUCCAGAAACUCUUCAAGGGAACAGAUGAGGAACUCUCUAUUCUUGGAAGACUGGCAGCAGGAGCAUGCGCUGGGAUGACUUCCACUCUUGUGAGUCAUCCUCGACCUUUAGUCAUCCUGUUAUUUUUCCUGUGCUGCCAUACAGUUUCCUUCUUACUCCUUCCUGCACGCAUGCGGUGAAAAUUACUGAUUUGGCGACUCAUAUAUUUAUGAGAUGUUGUAUAUCGUUUGGCAUAGGUCACAUAUCCUUUGGAUGUGCUAAGGUUAAGGCUAGCGGUUGAACCUGGGGGCAGAACUAUGUCUCAGGCAAGCGAUUAUAUUUUGAUUAUGACUGAUAUGCCAGAAUUAUGCUGUUCAGUAACUCUUGGUCGUUGAUUUUCAGGUCGCAUUAAGCAUGCUGAGAGAAGAAGGAAUCGCCUCCUUUUAUUCUGGGCUUGGUGCUUCGCUUGUCGGAAUUGCUCCAUACAUUGCUGUGAACUUUUGCAUGUUUGACUUGUAAGCUUCCUUUUCCGUUCUUCUGUAUUGCUUUAACUCCAUUGCAGUCAUUUGGGAUAGUAAUCUUGCAAUCCAUGUUUCGAUAGGGUAAAGAAAUCCCUCCCAGAAAAGUAUCGAAAGAGACCAGAAACAUCGCUUGCAACAGCGUUGGUAUCAGCGACACUAGCAACACUUAUGUGCUACCCUUUGGAUACCGUAAGAAGGCAGAUGCAGAUGAAGGGCUCGCCUUAUGAUAGCAUUCUUGAAGCUUUUCCAGGUAAGAUUAAAAAAAGUACAAAAGUAAGAUCAAUGUGUCCACUUUCUUCACCACCCUGACAAAUGGUCGUUGGGUGAUGUCUUGAUGAGUAGCUGCCUGGUCAGUGGCCGAGGUUUGCAUGUUAGAGAGAAAUUGGCAGUGAAAUAUUUGCCUGGUUGAAAAUCUGCUGUAUUUGCAUGCCUGGUUGAGUGGAAUGGAUCUCAUCACCACUUAUUUGAAUUUGCGUAUUUAAUGUAAGCUAUUUUCUUGCUGCAGAAAAAACAAAGAGGUGGUCAUCUUGUUUACGUUUAUGAACUUGCAUUUUAGACCGUUGCAUACACGAGAUAAAGGAUAUCAAGAUGACUUUAAACUGCCUUACUGGAGGGUAGUAAGAACGUGUUCCAGGCCUGAAUGAUGCUCCCUGAGAGGUUAAUGGGAAGCGGCUGGUGCCAUGAAAAAUGUUCACUAUUCAUGGUUCCUUCUUAGGCCUUUUUUUCCCUUUAAUGAAUCACGAGCUGAGAGUUUCUAAUAGCAAUCAGUUCCCUUCUGGGAGUUAAUGGUACUUUUGAAAAUUGGGCAAGCCCAUUUUUUUGUGAUAAAAUUAACGAGAUAAAUUAGGCUUUGGAAGGGCUGCAUGCUAUAUAAAUGUUCAUCAAAUGGGAUGCAGAGGAUGCUUCUAGUUGUUAUUCUAUUUUCCUUGUCUGUUUUUCUAAGUUGUGUUUAACGUAUUUAGUGAAUUAUUAACUUCUGGCGUCCAAAAGAGGGAGGAGAGGAGACCAGAGGAAUGCAGUCCUUUACUCCCAUGAUUUAAGUAGUAGUGUAUUGGAUUCAUCCGGGUGUGUGUUUGUGUGUGUGUGUGUGCGCUUUUGGUGUUUUUAUUGUUUGAUUAUGGGCCAUGCAUUGCUGGCCCAUUCAAGCACCAGGAUCGACUGUGCAGAGUAUCGAUUUUACGUAAUCUUUCGAUUGACGAAUCUGACUGAUGACAUCGACGACAUUGAGGAGAAAAUGAUUUCUUAUAUAUAUGCAGGCAUUGUGGAGCGCGGUGGUGUACUCGGAUUAUACCGGGGUUUUGUGCCCAAUGCGCUCAAAAGCUUGCCAAAUAGCAGGUAUGCUGCCUUACGAACGAGAAAUUGAUGAAACCUUACAAGAUCCUACGCACAUGAUGGAGUCGCACCACAAACACAUGCAAAUAAACCCUGCAAUCUUGUGACUCGUGGUCAAAGCUCUCGCGUUCUUGUUCGGGCUAAAGGUUUGCAAUUUACUCUCCUAAUGGGUGCUGUGGUCUUUUGCAGUAUAAAGCUGACCACCUUCGAUACUGUGAAAGGGCUGAUUGGGGUGGGUCAGAAGGAACUCCAAAGAAUCAUAGACGAGAACCGAGCUAAUUUAGUAGGCUGA